AUGAACUUUGCGACAGGGCAGAACCACCACGAAGACAAAGAGGUGAGCGGCGGCGGCGCCCUGCGGGCCAGCCCGGCGGCCGCCGCCGCCUCCUGCUCCGCCUCCGCCUCGCCGCCGCCGCAGCUGGCGCUGCUCGUGAUGCAGCCGUGCGGCGGCGGCGAGGAGGAGGCGGCGGCAGCGGGGGGGGUGCUGCCGCUCCCGGGCGCCGACCCGUCGCUGCCCGCCGCCGGUAGCGGCGGCCUCAUGUUCUUCUACGAGCUGGGCCCCGGCGACGGCGAGGCCGAGGCGGGCGAGGAGGGCGAGGCGGCGGCGGCGGGCGGCGAGAGCACGGCCUCCCCGGAGGAGCUGGAGGAGGAGGAAGCGGCGGCGGCGGCCGGCGGCGGCUGCAAGAGCUGCACCUACCAGGGCUGCAGCGAGACCACCACGCAGGUGGCCAAGCAGCGCAAGCCCUGGAUGUGCAAGCGGCACCGCAACAAGAUGUACAAGGACAAGUACAAGCGCAAGAAGAGCGACCAGGCCCUGGGCGGCGGCGCGGCGGCCCCGCCGCGGGCCGAGGAUUGUGUUGAAGGUUCAGUUUCUGUCACAAAACAGAGAACGGGAUCCAUUGGAGAUCGUCCAGCAAGACCUACUCUUUUAGAACAAGUAUUAAAUCAAAAGAGGCUGUCCCUUCUAAGAAGUCCAGAAGUGGUGCAGUUUCUACAGAAACAACAGCGACUACUAAGUCAACAGGCUUUGGAACAAAGGCAGCAACAGUUUCAAGGAGCUUCUGUGUAAGCAGAAAGAUUAAUGAUCUACAGAUGAGUCUUAUGCCGAAGGAGAAAUGAGAGAUGUAUUUUAUAGAAAUGCAAGAAUAUCGAUGUUAAAAAAGGAAGAUUAAAGUUGCUGCUGCUAUGUGUUUUUUUUACUUGUUUCUUGUUUGCACUUUUGAGGUUUGAGCUGCUUGUGUGUCUGCAAAUUUAUGAGCAAAUUCAAAGGAAUCUGAUUUUCCAUUCUUUUUAAAACUUCAUUUAAUGUUUUCAUAUAGAACUCUGUUUAUAUGAGUAAUGUUUAGCUGUACACCCUUUUCUACCAAAGUCUUCCACUAAAUUAACAUUUUUCUGUAAGAUUUACUCACAAGUCACUCUUUGAUGACAAUCACUGAAAAAAGUCAGUUACUUUCUGUGGAAGUUGUGAAAUAAUCCCAGAUUUAAACUAGUCCAGUAGCGUGACCUAAUAGCAGUUGCUGGGAUUUGAGAAACUUAAGUGCACUAAGAAUCUUGCACUAGAGUUUAAAGACAAAUGCCAUCCGGAAAUUGAACCAGUGACUCUUGAAAAGUGCAAAUCAGGUGAUCCCAUUGCUAUAUAUUCAUUAGCUACAAGUUGAGGUUUGAAAUGCUUCACCAUUCUGCAUAAAAAUUUGCAGAGGGCCCAGUCCGUGCAGAGCAUGUAAAGGAAUUUGUGUUUAAAAAGCUCCCAAAGGGUUAAAUGGAAAAAAAUGUUUUUGAGAAGAAUUAGAGGUGGAAAAAAUAUGCAACUGAGAGUUGGACCUUACUUUGAAUUACUGCUAAGGACCAACCUCUUAUACAUGAAAUUAUGUAAUAUAGCAUAUUUGUUUAAAAAUGAGUAACAUUUUCAUUUGUAAGUGAAUGAGUGGAAUUUUAAAACUUUUGAAUGGAAAAGAGCAAAUAUAUCUGAAAUGCAAAAUGUAAUUGUACUUUUUUUUCCUUUUUGAAGUCUUUCCCUUCUGAAAAGUAUAAUUAAGACCUUUUUUUUAAUUAAAAUAGCUGGUAUCUAAUCAGCUCAAGUGCUGGACUUCUCAGAUUUUUAGCCAGUUAAGAUGAACUUGCAAUUGAUUUGAUUAAGAAUCCAAACAUAUUUGUAGGAGUUGAAUCCCAACUUUUUUUUUUUUUU